AUGGCAUCGACAUACGACGUCGGCACGAGGGCGUGGCAGCCUGAUGCUGCUGAGGGUUGGGUAGCUUCAGAGCUGAUCAGCAAACACAUUGACGGCUCAACAGCCAAACUUUCCUUCAAGCUUGAUAAUGGCGAGACCAAGAUCAUCGAAGUUCCCAUCGAUGCUUUACAAAGCGGAAAUCAUGCAUCAUUACCGCCCCUGAUGAACCCGACGAUGCUGGAAGCCAGCGACGAUCUUACAAAUUUAUCUCACCUUAACGAACCUGCUGUGUUGCAAGCUAUUAGAUUACGAUAUUCACAGAAGGAAAUCUACACCUACAGUGGGAUCGUCCUUAUCGCAACAAAUCCGUUCGCUCGAGUCGACUCUCUCUAUGUGCCGGGUAUGGUACAAGUCUACGCUGGGAAGCAACGGGCGACCCAAGCUCCGCAUCUCUUUGCUAUCGCCGAAGAGGCUUUCAUAGACAUGAUUCGGGAUAACAAAAAUCAGACUAUUGUUGUGUCUGGUGAAUCGGGUGCCGGGAAGACUGUAAGCGCCAAGUACAUUAUGCGCUACUUCGCGACCAGAGAGUCACCCGACAACCCAGGAGCCCGCUCCAAGCGUGGCCCUGAAGCCAUGAGCGAGACUGAAGAGCAGAUCCUGGCUACCAACCCUAUCAUGGAAGCGUUCGGUAACGCCAAAACGACAAGAAAUGACAACAGCUCAAGAUUUGGCAAAUAUAUCGAGAUCAUGUUCGACGAGAAAACGAAUAUUAUUGGUGCAAAGAUAAGAACAUACCUGCUAGAGCGGUCGCGUCUGGUCUUCCAACCUCUAAAAGAGCGAAACUACCACAUUUUUUAUCAACUUGUCGCCGGGGCUUCUGACAGCCAACGUCAGGAGCUUGACAUCAUGCCAAUUGAGCAGUUUGAGUACCUCAACCAAGGCAAUUGCCCUACUAUAGACGGUGUGGAUGACAAGGCCGAAUUCGAGGCUACUAAAAAAUCUCUGCAAACGAUCGGCGUCUCAGAGGCUCAGCAAAAUGACAUCUUCAAGCUUUUAGCUGGUUUACUGCAUCUUGGUAACGUGAAGAUCACAGCGUCCAGGACUGACAGCGUUCUCGCGCCCACAGAGCCAUCGCUUGAGAAGUCCUGUGCCAUCCUUGGAGUCGAUGUGCUCGAAUUCGCCAAAUGGAUCAUCAAGAAGCAGCUAAUCACCAGAGGCGAGAAAAUUACGUCAAACUUGAGCCAAGCCCAAGCCAUUGUUGUGCGUGACUCUGUUGCCAAAUUCAUCUAUUCAAGCUUGUUCGACUGGCUAGUUGAAAUCAUUAACCGCAGCUUGGCUACUGAAGAAGUUCUCAACCGUGUAAAGUCCUUUAUUGGAGUUCUGGAUAUUUAUGGGUUCGAACAUUUUGCUAAAAAUUCAUUUGAGCAAUUCUGUAUCAAUUACGCCAAUGAGAAGCUGCAACAAGAAUUCAAUCAACAUGUGUUCAAGUUAGAGCAAGAGGAAUAUCUGAAGGAACAGAUCGACUGGACAUUCAUCGACUUUUCGGACAACCAGCCCUGUAUCGACCUCAUUGAAGGCAAGCUAGGUGUUCUAUCUCUCCUGGACGAAGAAUCCAGAUUGCCCAUGGGCUCAGAUGAACAAUUUGUCACAAAGCUUCACCACAAUUUUGCGACAGACAAGCAGCACCCCUUUUUCAAGAAACCUCGAUUUGGCAAAUCCGCCUUCACCGUCUGCCAUUACGCCAUAGAUGUAACCUACGAAUCAGAAGGCUUCAUUGAGAAAAAUCGAGACACUGUGCCGGACGAGCACAUGACGGUACUUCGCGCUACUUCGAACCCGUUUCUGAAACAGGUGCUUGACGCUGCCUCGGCUGUCAGAGAAAAAGAUGUUGCUUCUGCUUCCUCAAACGCCGUAAAGCCCGCCGCUGGUAGGAAGAUCGGGGUGGCUGUAAACAGGAAGCCGACACUUGGGGGCAUCUUCCGAUCCUCUCUGAUUGAAUUGAUGAAUACAAUAAACAAUACAGACGUUCAUUAUAUUCGAUGUAUCAAGCCCAAUGAGGCCAAGGCAGCAUGGCAGUUUGAAGGUCCCAUGGUCCUUAGCCAGUUGCGUGCCUGUGGCGUUUUGGAGACUGUCCGCAUUAGUUGCGCUGGGUAUCCUACCAGGUGGACAUAUGAAGAGUUCGCCCUUAGAUAUUAUAUGCUCGUGCAUUCUGGCCAGUGGACGGCGGAGAUUCGUGACAUGGCUAAUGCCAUCCUGACGAAGGCUUUGGGUACAAGCACUGGCAAAGGACUGGACAAGUAUCAAUUGGGUCUUACCAAGAUCUUCUUCCGCGCUGGUAUGCUGGCGUUCUUGGAGAAUUCACGGACAAGUCGACUUAACGACUGUGCUAUUCUUAUUCAGAAGAAUUUGAGAGCGAAGUACUAUCGACGUCGAUACCUGGGGGCCCGAGAGUCUGUCAUUCGCUCCCAGUCUGCCGCCAGAGCAUAUAUUGCCAGAAGACAGGCCCAGGAACUCCGCACUACAAGAGCAGCGACUACAAUUCAACGUGUAUGGAGAGGCCAAAAGGAUCGAAAGAAGUUUUUGGCUAUCCGAAAGGACAUGACUUUCUUCGAAUCAGCAGCCAAGGGUUAUCUUCGACGAAAGCAGAUCAUGGAGACCAGGGUCGGUAACGCUGCCCUUGUCAUUCAGCGGGCUUGGCGAUCCCGUCGACAACUGCGGUCCUGGCGCCAGUAUCGUAGAAAGGUGACUCUGAUUCAGAGUUUGUGGCGUGGUAAACUGGCGAGACGAGGCUACAAGAAGGUUCGGGAGGAGGCUCGCGAUCUGAAGCAAAUAUCCUAUAAGCUGGAGAACAAGGUUGUUGAACUCACUCAGUCCUUGGGGUCGAUGAAGGAAAAGAACAAAAACCUUUCGGCACAAGUCGAGAAUUACGAAAGUCAAAUCAAGUCGUGGAAGAAUCGACACAAUGCACUUGAAGCGAGGACGAAAGAACUGCAGACUGAGGCCAACCAGGCAGGUAUCGCUGUUGCGCGUCUACAAGCAAUGGAGGAGGAGAUGAAAAAACUUCAGCAGGCAUUCGACGAGUCAACAGCAAACAUCAAGCGAAUGCAAGAAGAGGAGCGCGACUUGAGAGAAUCCCUGCGCUUGUCAAACACAGAACUGGAGUCUGCUAAACAGACGAGCAAUGACAGGGAAAAGGACAAUGUCAGUCUCAGACAAGAGCUUGAAGCUCUCCGUGACGCCCUGGAAGUGGCCAAGAGAAGUGCACCUGUCAAUGGAGACCUUGCGAAUGGCAACUCAGCGACGGCGUCGACGGGUACCGGACUCAUUAACCUCGUGGCCUCCAAGAGACCCAAGCGCAGAAGCGCCGGAGCUGAGCCGCGAGAUUUGGAUCGCUUCAGUGCCGCUUAUAAUCCACGCCCAGUCUCUAUGGCCGUUACAAACACCGCUCAUCGGCAGAAUUUGUCUGGUACAGCAUAUAUUCCUGGGGUUGAUAAUAUUGAAAUGGAAUUAGAGACUCUUCUUGCCGACGAGGAUGGCUUAAACGAAGAGGUGACAAUGGGAUUAAUUCGCAACCUCAAAAUCCCCUCACCGAAUUCAACUCCCCCACCAUCCGACAAAGAAGUGUUGUUCCCCUCCUACCUUAUCAAUCUUGUCACAUCUGAGAUGUGGAAUAACGGGUUUGUCAAGGAAUCAGAGCGUUUCCUGGCAAAUGUGAUGCAAUCUAUUCAGCAGGAGGUAAUGCAAUACGACGGGGAUGAAGCGAUCAACCCUGGUGCCUUCUGGCUGUCCAACGUCCACGAGAUGUUGUCAUUUGUUUUUCUCGCUGAAGACUGGUAUGAGACCCAGAAGACUGACAACUACGAGUAUGACCGCCUGCUUGAAAUUGUUAAGCACGACCUCGAGAGCUUGGAGUUCAAUAUCUACCAUACUUGGAUGAAGGUUCUCAAGAAGAAGUUGCAUAAGAUGAUUAUUCCAGCCAUCAUUGAAUCGCAGUCUUUACCUGGUUUCAUCACCAAUGAAAGCAAUAGGUUUUUGGGCAAGCUUCUGCAGUCCAACUCUGCCCCGGCAUACAGCAUGGACAAUUUACUGAGCUUGCUCAACAGUGUCUUCCGGGCCAUGAAGGCUUUUUACCUCGAAGACUCCAUUAUCACGCAGACUGUGACCGAGCUUCUGCGCCUUGUUGGCGUUACGGCAUUCAAUGACUUACUAAUGCGCCGCAAUUUCCUUUCAUGGAAGCGUGGCUUGCAAAUCAACUACAACAUCACUCGCAUUGAAGAGUGGUGCAAGAGCCACGACAUGCCAGAAGGCACGCUUCAGCUUGAGCAUUUGAUGCAAGCGACAAAACUUCUUCAGCUCAAGAAAGCCACGCUAAAUGACAUUGAAAUUAUUCAGGACAUAUGUUGGAUGCUCUCGCCGAACCAGAUCCAAAAGCUGCUGAAUCAGUACCUAGUCGCAGACUAUGAGCAGCCUAUCAAUGGAGAAAUUAUGAAGGCCGUUGCCUCCAGAGUGACUGAGAAGAGUGACGUGCUGCUCCUUCAGGCGGUUGACAUGGACGAUAGCGGACCCUACGAGAUUGCAGAACCUCGAGCGAUCACAGCACUGGAGACCUACACCCCAUCAUGGCUACAAACCCCUCGUUUGAAACGGUUGGCCGAAAUUGUCUCUGCCCAAGCUAUUGCUCAACAAGAAAAGCUUGAGUACGAAAAUGACGGCGAAUUCGGAGGUCAACACGGCGAUAUUCUCGAAGCAGAUGAAACUGCCAUUGAGCCUGAACAAGAAAUGAAAUAG